AGCCUGGAACCCGGAAGCGGCAGCGCGGCGCGACCCAGCGGGCGGGCUCUGGGCGCGGGAAUCCCGGCGGAUCCCGGGCGGGCGGAUGACCCCCAGCCCUACCCUUGGUGCCGCCUCCUCCUCUCUCCUUUCUCCUCCGGCAGCCAGCGCGCCUGUGUCCUCUCUAGGAAGGGGUAGGGGAGGGGCGUCUGGAGAGGACCCCCCGCGAAUGCCCACGUGACGUGCAGUCCCCCUGGGGCUGUUCCGGCCUGCGGGGAACAUGGGCGUGCUCAGGGUCGGACUGUGCCCUGGCCUUACCCAGGAGAUGAUCCAGCUUCUCAGGAGCCACAGGAUCAAGACAGUGGUGGACCUGGUUUCUGCAGACCUGGAGGAGGUAGCUCAGAAAUGUGGCUUGUCUUACAAGGCCCUGGUUGCCCUGAGGCGGGUGCUGCUGGCUCAGUUCUCAGCUUUCCCCGUGAAUGGCGCUGAUCUCUACGAGGAACUGAAGACCUCCACUGCCAUCCUGUCCACCGGCAUUGGCAGUCUUGAUAAACUGCUUGAUGCUGGUCUCUAUACUGGAGAAGUGACUGAAAUUGUAGGAGGCCCAGGUAGCGGCAAAACUCAGGUAUGUCUCUGUAUGGCAGCAAAUGUGGCCCAUGGCCUGCAGCAAAACGUCCUAUAUGUAGAUUCCAAUGGAGGGCUGACAGCUUCCCGCCUCCUCCAGCUGCUUCAGGCUAAAACCCAGGAUGAGGAGGAACAGGCAGAAGCUCUCCGGAGGAUCCAGGUGGUGCAUGCGUUUGACAUCUUCCAGAUGCUGGAUGUGCUGCAGGAGCUCCGAGGCACUGUGGCCCAGCAGGUGACUGGUUCUUCAGGAACUGUGAAGGUGGUGGUUGUGGACUCGGUCACUGCAGUGGUUUCCCCACUUCUGGGAGGUCAGCAGAGGGAAGGCUUGGCCUUGAUGAUGCAGCUGGCCCGAGAGCUGAAGACCCUGGCCCGGGACCUUGGCAUGGCAGUGGUGGUGACCAACCACAUAACUCGAGACAGGGACAGCGGGAGGCUCAAACCUGCCCUCGGACGCUCCUGGAGCUUUGUGCCCAGCACUCGGAUUCUCCUGGACACCAUCGAGGGAGCAGGAGCAUCAGGCGGCCGGCGCAUGGCGUGUCUGGCCAAAUCUUCCCGACAGCCAACAGGUUUCCAGGAGAUGGUAGACAUUGGGACCUGGGGGACCUCAGAGCACAGUGCCACAUUACAGGGUGAUCAGACAUGACCUGUGCUGUUGUUUGGGAAACAGGGAAGCAUUGGGGACCCCUCCCAACUUUUCUUCCCAGUAACGCCUGCUGUUUACUGCCACCUGGCACUGGUGACUACAGACGUUCUCAGGCUGGCCAGAAGAGACAUCUUGGGUUCCUUGGCCUCACUCUCUGUAAGCAUAUAAACCACAGGCGAAAGAGGAUGCUGCAUUGCAAGGACCCAGAAAUUCAUACUGGUGCCACGUUUCCUUCCCUUAUUUCUAACGUGUAUGUUUCUGGUGGAAAUCAAGUUCACCCUGGCUGGGAGCAUCUCUGAUGAGGCAUGCUGGCGACUGGAUGGAUAAUCCUGUGCAUCACCAUUGUGUCCUGUGCUCCCUCCUAGCACAGUGGCCAAGCCGGGAAAGCCUCUAACUUGCCUUUGCUGCCGCUGCUGCUGCUGCUGCCUUUUUUUUUUUUUUUUUGUCUCUGCCUUUCCAUUUGUUAGAUGGGGGCCCACUCUUCCUUAGCUCUGUCUCUGAGUUAUUGGGUGGAAAUAAGCUUAUAAAUGAAAUACUCUUCUUCAUCUCUGUUUUGCUCUUAAAAAUAUAAAAAGGCAAUUCCCCGAGCCCUAGAGCCACCUGAUUUCCCCUUAGAAGGCUGUUUUUCAGUUUCCCCCAGUGAGGCCCAAAGAACAGUUUAUUCCUCCUUUCCUCUUGCUGAUUUGGUUUCAGACCUGCCUGCAUCACCAUGACUAGGUGAGAACGUGUGGGCUCGCUGCAGUUCCAGGGAUAUAAUUUAACAGAAAGGGAGGGUAUGACCUGCUCCUGGUGAAUCCAGCCACUCAUUUAAUAUGCAUGGUGCCCUGUGGGGCCCCUCCACAGUACAGCAUAACCAGAGGUGCUGAACCAUGGCCUUGCCCAUAAACAGACAGGAGAAUUUGCACAGUAAAUAGAGCCAGCUGGGAAAAUUGAUGCUGACGUAAAUAAUACAUGGCAAAUCUAGUCCUUUAUGCAGAAAUUCAUUGCUGGUGGCUCCAAGAUGCAAUAUAAUUACACCUCUCUUCCUGCCAGCUGUACCACAGCUAGUGCCCUAGUGUAUGAAAUAAUCCCUCUGUCUUUCACCAGCACUGUGGCCAUCCGUCUGAGAGCCAUGACCCUGGCUGGGAGGGGACGAAGACACCAGGGAAUGGAAAAUAAAAGGAAAAGUAGAGAAAUGA